GAGCUGCCGCCGCCCCGUCCUGAAGCCCUGAGCACCUGCCUGGAAAACUUGUGGUUGGUUGUUGCCCUCGGGUCGUUUCCGGGCGGGGACAGGAACCGGGCCAUGGAAGAUCCUUUGGGGACUCGCGAGCCCCGGGCCCGUCCAAGAGAGCGAGACCCAGACCGGCGCCCGCACCCGGACCGAGACCGCCACGUCGAGCGGCCGCGGGACAGAGUCGGGGACAGACACAGGGAGAGGAACGGUGACGUGAGAGGAAACGGGGACCGUCGAGCGGGCAGGGAAAGGAGGACGGACCGAGACCCGCGCCAGGAUGGACACAGGGACGCGGGCCAUCGUGCAGCUGAACAAAGAGCCUGGGACAGGCCCCGCCAAAGCCGUGCGCGGCCCGAGCCCUGGGUGCCCAGCUGGGACACAGCCCCGACCCCCAGGCCCGCGCCCUGGGGGGACUCGGAGCUGCCGCGGAAGCAGGGCCUCGGGCGCCGCGGGUUGGACAGUGAACUUGCUUCGGAGAGAUAUGUGUCCCUGCACUCCCAGCCUGAACGACAGGAAGAGGAAUAUUACAAGUCUGAAGCCGAGGGGCUCCUGGAAUGCCACCAGUGCAAAUACUUGUGCUCAGGGAGAGCCUGCUGCCAGAUGCUGGAGGUUCUGCUCAACUUGUUGAUCUUGGCCUGCAGCUCUGUCUCUUACAACUCCACAGGGGGCUACACAGGCAUCACCAGCCUGGGCGGGAUUUACUACUACCAGUACGGAGGGGCUUAUAGUGGCUUCAGUGGUGCUGACGGGGAGAAAGCCCAGCAGCUGGAUGUGCAAUUCUAUCAGCUCAAGCUGCCCACAGUUACUGCAGCAAUGGCCUACAGCGGAGCCCUCAUGACCUUCUCCUGUCUCCUCAUCCUCGGGGGUAUCCUGCGGGUCCCAUGGCACUGUCCGCCGUGGCUGGUGAUCGAGGGCUUGAUGGAUGUGCUCAUCGCUGGGGCGUACAUCCCGGCCUCGUACUUCUUCUUCCAGCACCUCUCAGCUGCCUACAGCUCAGAUGUGUGUAAGGAGAGGGAGGCCCUGUACCAGAGCAAAGGUUACAGUGGCUUCGGCUGUGGUAUGCACGGGGGAGACAUAGGAGCAGGAGUCUUUGCCGCCAUGGGCAUUGUGGUCUUUGCCGUGGGAGCUGUCCUGGCCUUUAAGGGUUACCGUAAAGUCAAGAAGCUGAAGGAGAAGCCCGCAGAAAUGCUUGAGUUUUAGACUUCUAGAAUGUUCUGCCGAGUAUACAUGAUAGCAGGCACUUUCAACCAUGAUCUUUCACAAGAAUUCUUCUUUCAUGUGGAUCUCACUAAUGACCCAGAAUACCAAGCCAGUGUGGGUAUGCUGGUUUGAGCUCCUGGUUGACUGGAGAAGUGUUUCUCUGGUUUCUGGAAUCUUCUGUGGAUGUGGACCUAACCAAAAAUAUAUCAAAAUCCAAAACACUAGAGCCAGACAUGGUGGUACAGGUCUGUAAUCUUAUAAUCCUAGCACUUUUAAGUUGGAGGCAGCAGACUCAAGAGUUCAAGGCUAGCCUGGGCUAAAUAGCAAGACCCUGUCUCCAAGCCAGAUAAAGAAGGAGCUGGAUAAAAAAAAAAACAAACAAACAAAAAACAGUCAACCAGUGGUGGUACGCACCUUUAAUCCCAGCACUCAGGAGGCAAAGGCAGGUGGAUCUCUGAGUUCGAGGCCAGCCUGGUCUACAAGAGCUAAUUCCAGGACAGAUUCAAAACUACAGAGAACCCCUGUCUCAAAAAAAGAAAAAGAAAAAAACAAAAAAAAAACAAAGAAGAAGCUGGUAAAGGCCAGGACCCACAGCAGGAAGGCGAGGGGCACUUCACAUCAGGGUAGGGACAAUUACAUUGGAAGCUUCUCCUUAGAGCUCACAAAAAGUUCAUCGACAGGGGAUAGCCCCGCCUGAAUUGUGUGUUCUAAACUUGGAUCUCUUCAGUUGGUGCCCCGGGCAUCUCCACACUGAGUAUCUGGUCCCUGCAUUUCUUCAACUCUGUGGAUUCUGGGGGACACUCCCAGAAAAACUUCAGGGUGAGGGCAUCGCUUAAGGAAAAGAGAAUCAGAUUAAAUUCACUGAGCUGCAAAGAAACCAUUCUACAGGCCCCUUACCGCAGCCCUGAGUUCUCAAUACGCAUUUGUACCCUCUUGUAAAUGUGCCAUUGUAUGAAGAACUUAGCCCCGCAGCUGCUAAGUUUCUUUGGGACCUGCCCAGAAGAAAAGAAUGUAAAGUCUUUUUCCCUACAGAGGAGUGUUACUUUUGGCCAGAUAACUUCAUGGACUGGACUCUGAAUUCCAGCGUGGGCCAUUUCAGUGUAUUAUGUUGCAAGCAAAUCUGUUCUAUGCUUGAUGGGAAUCCAAGCAUUUCAAAGGAAAAAAUUAAUUUGGAGGCAGCGGUUUUCUUUAUGUCCACUAUCCAUUAUUUACUUAAAUGCCAUUGAUUGAUUUCGAACACUUUGGGCUUAGGGGCAGAAUUGGGCACACCUCUGUCACCUAUGGUUAGAAGUCCCCUUGAAUACUGUGAGAGAUUCUGCUCAAAGAAAAGGGGAGCUUUUAAUUUUAUUUUUUUUGUUCUGUAGAUACCUUGACUUCACAUAUUGUUUUAUUUUCACAAAAUAAAAAGAUCAAACCAACUUGCUCGCCUUGGAUUUUUUCCCCCUCAGAACAGUUAGGGACAGCGCAAAGGCAGAAGUAGACAGAGAAUUAAGCGGAGUGUUACAUGGUCAACUGCAAAGUCAGCCUUGCUCAGAAAGAUGCUGUUUACAGUAAAGAUCUGGGGACUUCAGAGUCUCUGCUUCCACAGACCUCUGCCAUCUCUCUGGAGACCCAAACCAUCCCAACUGGGAGAUAAAUUGCAACGCCUGACUUUCUUUCCUUUUUCUCUAAUGUAUCUUUCUGCAUCAGCAGUGUGUUUAAAGAUACUUGUGACUGUCUGGUAGGUAGUUUAGCUAGCAGGUUGGGCUGGUUGGUGCUGGGAGUCAUCCCUGCAGUGGUAGUCAUGUAACAGAUCCUGUCGUCACGGCACCUAGAAGACACGGGAGACAAGAUUUCUACCACUUCAGCCAAGAGAUGCGUGCCGUGGGUACCA